UGACAUAUUUUGACUCAUGUAAUUAAAUGUUGUUACUCCGUGUUACUUUUUCCCUUCUUAAAAGUAGGAAUAGUAAUGUGAGGAUUAAUAAGAGAGAAGUAAAAGGAGGGAAGAAAAUAAGAUUUCCAUUAUUUUCUAAAGGAAAAUAUUUUCCACCGUAUGUAUUUAGAGAGUGAUGAAAUGGGAGAUAUCAUAAAAGUAUAAAUCUUAUGAAUAUAGAGAGAUAAAAUAAAUAUUACGAAGUACAAGCUUAGAGAAUCAGAGUGUAGAGGAAAAUGAGUCUUGUUAUUCUCACACAAAGAUGUUAAUUAUGGGUCAGGUCAUUUCUGGUUGUUUUGUGUUUUGAGUCUGUAGGGUUAAGAUCGGGUUGCGUCACUUUGGGUUUCGGGUCGCUUUGGGUAUCGAGUUAAUUUGGGUAUAAGAUCAAUUUCGGGUUAACAUUUUUGGGUUAAUUUCGGGUCAUGGAUCGGGUUAGGAUUGCCGGGUCAAUGUCGGGUGAAUGGGUAAUUAUUUAGUGAGGUCCAAGUUUUUUUUAUUUUUUUUUUUAUUUUUCAAGGUUCAGGUUCAAUACACAACUAGUUUUUAUUUCAUUAUUUUUUUUUUAAGAAAAUAAGGUUCAGGUUCAAUAUACUUCGUACAACUUAGUGAACUAGGGUUGAUUGUGGGGUCCAGAAUAGCUGUGCUGCAUUAUUAAUCUGAUAAUCUCUAUGGGUUGUUCAUCAAUCCCUAUCCACCUCACUUUUUUUUUUUUUUUUUUUUGGGGGGGGGGGGCGGUGGGAAGAAAUAGGAGAAUAAUGUAGGUUCAGGCUCAAAGUUUUUAUAAAUUGGUAGCUGCUUCUCAAUUCUCAUAUACUAGUACAGUACGUAUUCAAUAUUUCAUUCAAAUCCUGAAAGUUAGAGUAUCCCUGCUAUACAAAGUGACUCUUCAACUAUGGAAAGUGAACAAGGAAAUUAUGAGCAUGAGCAGAACCAAACCCUUCAAAAUGACAUCAAGGGUUACAAAAGAAAAGAAAUUUCACUAGAGACGCUUCAAUCAUUUUGGUCCAAAAAUAUGACAUUCCAAGAAGCUGCAGAACAAGUUGGAGUCUCGAGGUGUACAAUGAAGCGAAGAUUGACAGAAUUGAAGCUGGUGUGGCCAUCAAGCAAAAAAAGGAAGCAACAUCUUGAUGAUGAUGCAAAGAAGAGGAAACACGAUAGUAAAGCACCAUUUGGAAGUGAUUCCACAACACAUCAGAAUUUGGUGAAUCCUUCUAAUUCAACUGCUCACGCGGAUAUUGUGGGGAAGGGUAUAACUGGAUGCGACCGGCAUAUGUUGCCAAAUCAUGUAUCAUCCAACUCCAACGCUGUUGGCAACUUGACCAUGGACACAAGAGUGGAAAACGUUAGGGAGAACUUAAUGGAUAAUCAACGUUCUGAAGAGCAUUAGAAUGGAUGAUGCUGACUAGUGGAAGA